CAACAAACACAUGCCGAUCAAUGCACAAUCCACGGCUGCAGCUUAUGUAUUCGUUCUUGGCGGAUGGUGUUUUCUACGUUAAUACAGGGCUAUGGGAUUCAGUAUAUAAGGCUUUGAUAUACUGAACAGGGAACAAACAUGGCGGCAGUUUUGACCAGAUGCUUGGUUCUUAUGUUUUUCGUUUAUUCCAUACGUGAUUCAUCAGCUGAAUCUGCUGACGAAGAUAUAACUGAGUUCAUGGACGAGAAGUGCGAUGUGUUUAUAGACUUCAACCUUUUCGGUAUGUCGGAACGACUUGUGAAACUAUCCAAGUCCAACGUCUACUCUGCUGACAGUAGCUGUUUCAUCAAGUUCCAAGCUAAAGCAGGCCACAGACUGAUGUUCAAAUUCCUGUCGGUUGAGAUGGAUACAUGUGAUGACUUCCUGGGUGUUUACGGUAACUCCCUCACCGCUCCAGACGCCAUGAAUGCAUUUGUGUGUAGUCAGCCACAUACAGUGUAUACCACUCCGAGCAGGACAGGCUUCUUGUUGUUCAAAAGCGAUGCCCAGGGAAAUGCUGGAGGGGCCUCCGUCCUUGUGUCAAUGUUCAAGACCAAGAGUGGUCGUUGUGGCAAUAAAUAUUUCAACUGCGAUAAUGAUCGGUGCGUCCCCGACGACCUGAAAUGCAACACACGGGACAACUGCGGCAACAACCAGGAUGAGGAGGAGGGGUGUCGGUGGUGGCUGGGCUUGGCAAUCGGUCUCUCGGUCACGGCGGUUUUCGGAAUCGGCGCAUUAAUCUUCUUCAUAAUAUUCCUCAAGAAAUACUCCGGUCGUAAAAAGGUUCAAAGCCAGCCUGUGCAAAGCUGGACUCUCGCGCCACCCCAACAGAGCUGGACACACACUCACGCCUCCGGCAGCUCUGGGAACCAACACCAGAUGCAGCAUGUUUCCCAGUCCUACCCCACAAAGACCGGUAACAACACACAGUACUGGGAUAUGGGAAGAGGUCAAGGUCAGCAAUCAACCUUCGUGUCCUCCACUUUCUCCGAGCCCCCGACCUACACGGAAACAGCCCCCGCCCCAGCUGACUACACCCUACCAGCGGGAAGCGUCACGGCACCCCCUCCUGUCCCGGUGAUGCCCCCUUCAACAGGUCUCGUGUCUCAGACUGGUCUACAGAAAAUGUAAACCGCAGCUGUGACUGUAAGCAGGGAAACGCAUGGGAAGGACGCCAGACAUAUAUAUCAUAACGUACAUCCGGCGACACACACGUAGUCAGUCUCAAGCUGAUUCACAACGUACACGCACACAUACGCACACACGCACACACGCACGCACGCGCACGCACGGGCCUCUCCGCCCACACGUUCCACCCAGGUACAAUGCUAAUAUUCUCGUACACCGCUGUAUGUGAUACUGGUUGUUCUUGGAGGUGAAAUGUGCCAGUUAUCACAGCCGCCAACAUCAUGGCAUCUUUGCAUCACUUGACAAUACAGUUAUACCAGGAUAAUUCUGAGAGAAGCGACCAUACUAUCAGCGUCAGUGGAUUAGCGUGCGCACGAAUUUUGUUCUCAACUCCCCGGGAGGUAUUCUUAGUUCUUAUAUCCUUCUUGUGCAGGUUCAGUUAAACAUUUUAUAACGUGUUUUUCACUUAAUGCGUGCACUAAACCCAGACCAUUUCCUUCGCUGUAUAUUGCUUAUGAUAUGUAUAAAGUGACAAGCCAGUUAACCCUAUAUACGUGUGGUGGUGAUGUGUACACAUGUGUGGUGAUGAUUGUGUCAGCAAGGGGAUAUGCAGUAAUAAUGAUGUAAAUAUGGGAAAAGCUGUUGAAUGGCCUUCUUAUGACAGAUGGAUUACUGACAGGUUUAUUUCGUAGAGUGGACAUGAGGCCCAAAACACAAGGACUUUUUUUACAUAAUUUUCUUUGGAGCGCUGACAUGGGAAGUAUCCUAUCCCCAAAAAGAAACGCAUAGGUGUUUUGUAUUUAAAAAAACCUUCUGGCAAUUUCCCCAUUUUAAGAAUUUCAUUAAAAAUGCGUUUAUAGAAAGGAGACAGUGCAUGACACGUAGCUUUGAUGGCCCCGUUUGGGAUACCAUAAGCCCGUUUUUCAAAUCAUAAACCGAUUUUCAAAUUUCUUCCUCCAUGAUUUCACCAGACAGCCUGUGGUCUUUACACUGAUCACAAUAAGUAACGUCACGGUUAUCUAAAAUAGUACAUUACAUCAUCAUCAUCAAAGUGGGUUUCGUGAUCGUUACGUGGGUUGAGAAGUGAACUGAAAUAUUCAAACCAGUUAUCAGCUGAUAUAUUUCUACAACUACGUUUUGAUUCACUGUGUUUCUUAAUGGCCUUCCAAAAGUCUUUACAUAUGUCUUUCUCAAAUACCGCUUUUUUGUGGUUACAUAUCUUUUUAACAUCUCGUUUUACAUCGACGUACUCGGUACAAUGCACAGGAUCGGUUGUCACUCUGAAUCUAUCGAGAAGUGUAUACUUUCUGCGUUUCAAAAUGUCACAUUCUUUGUCAAACCACUUAGGUUGCGUUUGUUAGUGUUUUGGCCUGUGAGUGUUGCGUGUAUGGGAGUGUCGAGUAUCAGUCAGAGAAAGACAAUGUCUGAACAGGUCAAGCAAGCAGCUUGAGGUUUUGUUGAUGUCAUUAUGAGUUAUCAGACUUCUGUGUUAAAGUGUCAGGAGAACUACGCAUAUUAUGAACGAACUUACCGAGCUGCUCUGGUCUCCACGAAUACCUGCCGAACACAUGUUACUGAAAGAACCUGAAUCAUACUGUUCAUCUAUAGGAACACCUGCACCUUCCUGUGACGGCUGUGCCGAAGUUGUAGCGUCUUACACAUAGACAAAACCAAAUAUGUGCAUCUGGGCGUGGAUGUUGGUCAGGAAAAUACGCAGUGGGUGUACAGUGUGGCUACAGACUUCCUGAUGUACACGGCAAUCCCGCCGCUGUAUCCCCCCACGGGGCGAGUCCUCUCCCUUACACACUGGUGACAAGUGUGCUCUGGAAAAGUAGUUUCGAAAUCCGUAGUAUUUUUGGCCCAUGUUUCGAUAAGUGCAAAAACGUCAAAGUUGUUUAAAAAGGUUAAGGUUUGUAUUUUUGAAUAAAAGUAUGACCAUAGGUAGCAGGACAGCUAGGCACAUCAAAAUGUGCAGUUGUCGUGCACAAACCCCAUGCAAAGUUUAAACAAUUCUGCUUAAUGGGUUGUACUUUAGACCAAUACGAGCCCUCCAGAGAUCAUUUUCUAUCUUCAUGAUGUUACACACGUCUACCCGCUGCCAUUACAGAUGGCGCUCCACAGAAGAAUUAAACCGUGUACAUAUGUACCCUGUGUGCAGACCUUCCUUCAAGGAACAUACGUGAAUUUUGCCGGAUGAUUUGCAGUAUUUUAUUGUGUAUAUAUAUAUUUUUGAAUGAUAUUUGUAUUGGAUGUUAUAUUUUUAUAUCAUACGCAAAACAUUAACAAAUCAA